UGUAUUUUUUUUAAAUAUAUAUAUAAUGUUGAAAUCGAGGCAAAUAUUCCUUAGCUCUUUCGUCUUCCUUUCCAGAACAUGUCUAAUUAAAAAAAAAUCUAAAUACUUGAAUGUUUAAUGUGAUAUUUCAAAAGAAAAUUCACAAUUGCAGUUUAGCCUUUAACAAGUACUCUUAAUUCAUUGUGCAUUAUCAUUUGUUUUGUUGUUCUUAGUUUUUAUCUUGCCUGGACAAUUGUCCUUUCCCAUCCAACCCCUUUGUGAACUAAUUUCGCCAGUGACACAUUUCUUGUUUUCAUUUAAACUUGAGAAAACUCAAGAGCAUAGGAUAACACAUAAUAACUAUAUGUGUUGUGCAUUGUGAAAAACUGUUGUAAUUUCCCACAUGAGAGACAACGCAGUGUGUUUAAAUCAUUCGAUCUAAACUGAAAGUGCCCCCCACCUUAUUAGGAUUUUGCUAUAAAAGAAAUAGCCAUAAAGAACACUUUGAAGUUGUCAAUAUAGAGAAUACCACCACAAGAAGCAACCAUGCCUGUGGAAGGAGGGAAAACUGAUAUGGAGAGGAUUGGCCUCUUUAGUGAGAUGGAAUAUGUUACUGUUGGUGAUAAAUAUGUGUCAUCAUUUAAUCGACCCUUUAAUGAGGCUGCAAGCAAAAAUAAACAGAUGCUACCUGGGGGAUCCAAAGAAAUGUCAAAUCUCCAGGCAGGUUAUUUUGAUCCCCAUUUUGUAAGGAUAUUUGAAGGUGAAGGCUAUGUAAGUCUGAAUCAAGUGAGGAGACGGCAUAUGAUGGAAGAAGCAAAAAAAAAUCUAGGCAAAGCCUUCCUCCCUAGUAGUGGAGAUAAAAAGCCAUGUGGUUUAGGAAGCUACUAUGGAACAUUAGGUGGUCCCAUGCCAUUCUUCAGUGCACAGUCAAAACCCAGAGAAAAAUAUGAGGCACCUGGAAAGAAUUUAUAUACAAACCCAGGAAAGAAAGGAACUGGAUAUGGCUAUGCAAAUAUUACCAUAGGUAAACAGUUUUCACACUCUGCUGAUUUCUACGAUGCACCCAAACUAAAUUAUAAGAAGGAGAAUGAAGAACACCAUCGUUUAGUUAAAGGAACACCUUUCAAGUUAAACCUUUACCCAAGGGAAUAUUUUGAUAUCAAUCCUUAUUCGUUUGAGAAGUCUUUACCACCAAUUAAAAAAACAGAGAAGAAAGAAUUACUUGCACACCCCUUUAAGCCCUCUUCUCCUGGUAAAAAGGCUGGUGGAAUGAAGGCAGGAACAUUUGACCCUUACCCUUCACAUUCUGCUGACCCUUAUGUGGUUAAAUUGGGAAACCAGAUUUCCAGCAAAGGUGCUAAGAUUUUCCACCCACCAAGUGGACCAAAGAGCAGACCAAUUGAAAGUAUAAUGACCUUAAAUGUCAAAAGGGCACUAAAUAUGAAGAACUACAAGACUGCUUCAGUACAGUCCUAUUAGCAUUUGGAAGACAAAUAACUUUCUAGGUUGUGACUACCGGUAAUUCAUUAUGGAGUGCUAAUUAUUUGCAUAAAACAUAAGAUGUGGAACAUAUCUCAAACAUUUAAAAGAUAAUUAAGCCUGCAACUCUAAUAUUCUUCCUUGUUUUAGUACUAUUACUUAAUGAAUAAAUAGUAUUUGCUAAUAA